GCCGCCGGCGCCGCCGCCUGAGUGACCUGCUAGGCGGCCGGCGGCGCUCAGCUCCCCGCCACUCAGGCAGCUCGUCGGCCACUCUGUUUUGAGGUCCUCGCCGCCCUUCCACGUCUCCCGGAAGAGCUAGCCGGCAGGUCCGGGAGCAGCGGGCUGCUGUGGAGGUCCGGGCGGGCGACGAGGCCGCGGCGUUGCCGCUCGGCGUCCUCAGGUUCAUCAGUAGGAUUGCUUUGCUACCAUCAUGUCGUGGUUUGCUGAUCUUGCUGGAAGGGCUGAAGAUCUUUUAAACCGAGUGGAUCAGGGGGCUGCAACAGCUCUCAGAAAGGAGAAUACCAGCAACAUCUUUUAUAGCAAAAAUACUGACUAUCCUGAACUUCAGCAGCAAAACACAGAUUCAACUUACCGGACUGGACAGAAAGCUAACUAUAUUUCCUCAGCUGCUGAUAACAUCCGACAUCAGAAAGCCACGAUCAUAGCUGGCACAGCGAACGUGAAAGUCGGAUCCAGGACAGUCGGGGAUGCCGCCCAUCCCACCGAGCAUGCGUCUGUCCCUAGGCCUUCAUCCCAGUUUGUUCGGAGGAAAAAAUCAGAGCCUGAUGAUGAGCUGCUAUUUGAUUUUCUUAACAGUUCCCAAAAAGAGCCCACUGGGAGAGUGGAAAUCAAGAAAGAGAAGGGCAGAGCUCCUGUCUUUCCAAGUUCCCCGUCAUCAGGUGUCAGUUCUGUCAACACCAGUGUAACCACCACCAAGGCCAUGGAAGAAAAUUCUGGGAGCCAAAGUCCUGGAGUGAACAGUUCUGAUUCUGUGCCGGAGGUUCACAAGGAACCCUCAGAGGAGAGUACAGCACCAAGUGCUACCAGCGUGGAGCACAGCUCUUCACCUAGUGACAGCAGCAGCAGGUCGCAGGAGCUGUCCAAUCUCCGUCUGGAGAAUCAGUUGCUCAGGAAUGAAGUCCAGUCUUUAAAUCAGGAAAUGGCCUCAUUACUUCAGAGAUCCAAAGAAACUCAAGAAGGUAGGACCUUAAUGGGGCUUGUGAAGUGUUAUGUCCAUAGAAAUGUAGGAUCUAAAUUUAGAAAUAGAGCCAGUUCUUCUACGAGGGAAUGUGGCAUAAUAAUGCAGGAUCACAAUGAAGGUAGUAGCCUACAGAAUCAAGCUCUGCAAACUCUUCAAGAGAGGCUGCAUGAAGCUGAUGCCACUCUAAAGAGAGAGCAAGAGAGCUACAAACAAAUGCAGAGUGAGUUUGCUGCACGCCUUAACAAAAUGGAAGUGGAACGUCAGAAUUUGGCAGAAGCAGUUACUCUGGCAGAAAGAAAGUACUCCGAGGAGAAGAAGAAGGUUGAUGAACUCCAGCAGCAAGUCAAGCUACACAGGUCAAGCUUGGAGUCUGCUAAGCAGGAGUUAGUUGACUACAAGCAAAAAGCUACACGGAUACUCCAAUCUAAAGAAAAACUGAUCAACAGCUUAAAGGAAGGCUCAAGCUUUGAAGGCCUAGAUAGCAGCACUGCUAGCAGCAUGGAACUAGAAGAACUUCGGCAUGAGAAGGAGAUGCAGAAGGAGGAAAUCCAGAAGCUGAUGGGCCAGAUGCAUCAGCUGAGGUCUGAGCUACAGGACAUGGAGGCUCAGCAGGUUAGUGAGGCUGAAUCAGCAAGAGAACAAUUACAAGAUCUGCAAGACCAGAUAGCUAAGCAGAGGACAUCUAAGCAAGAGCUGGAGACGGAGCUGGAACGAAUGAAGCAGGAAUCCCGUUACAUGGAGGAAGAUCUUCAUAGAACAAAGAACACACUGCAAAGCAGGAUUAAAGAUCGGGAGGAAGAAAUUCAAAAACUGAGGAACCAGCUUACCAACAAAACUUUAAGCAACAGCAGCCAGUCAGAGCUAGAAAGCCGACUCCAUCAGCUAACGGAAACACUCAUCCAGAAACAGACCAUGCUGGAGAGCCUCAGCACAGAAAAGAACUCCCUGGUCUUCCAGCUGGAGCGCCUUGAGCAGCAGGUGCACUCUGCCUCCUCGGGGCCCAACAGUGGAUCUGCCAUUAACAUGUCUGGAGUCGACAGUGGUGAAGGGACACGCCUGCGAAAUGUUCCUGUUCUUUUUACUGACACAGAAACUAAUCUGGCAGGAAUGUAUGGGAAGGUUCGCAAAGCUGCUAGCUCCAUUGACCAAUUUAGUAUUCGCCUGGGAAUUUUUCUCAGAAGAUACCCCAUAGCGCGAGUGUUUGUAAUCAUCUACAUGGCUUUGCUGCACCUCUGGGUCAUGAUUGUACUGCUGACUUACUCACCAGAAAUGCACCAUGACCAACCGUACGGCAAGUGAACAGAGCCGCUGGUUCCCAUGCGUGCCUGCCAUUGUCCAGAGCUGGGAUCUGCAGAAAGAGCAGCACCAAGACUGCCAGCCGUGCACAAGAUGGUUUCUUCAUGGAGAGCUUUUAAUCUCUUAACUUAUUUCUCUGGUGUCUGACUCUCCCCUAUUCCCAUAAGAGUCUCUAAAUGCAGACAGUAAUUUGACAAAUUAAGCUCGACUUUUUCUGAGUUCAGUUCCCUAGAUAGGUAUAGAGAAAGAGAGAAAAGGCAAUUUGAGGGUGUUCACCUCUGUACGGACCUUUCUAUAUUUUAGGUGACACUGAUUAUGGGUUAUAAUCAGGGAAACUAAUUGUAUUUAGGGAUAAAAAUAAAAAGAUUUCUUUUUUAAUAA